AUGGGUUGGUUCAGCGACGACUCUCAGCAGCGCUCCCACCACGAGGAGUGGAACAACUCCGACCCCAAGAAGCACGAGGCUAGCUUCGCUCACGAGCUGAUUGCCGGUGCUGCCAGCUACGAGGCUGCUAAGGCCUACGAGGACCACGAGAAGCGUGAGGGCAAGCCCGAGAGCCACGAGAAGGCCAAGGAGAUCAUGGCCGGUUUCGCUGGCGCCUUCGUCGACCGUGAGGUUGAGACCCGUGGUCUGGACUUCAUUGACAAGGAGAAGGCUAAGCGUGAGGCCCGCAAGCACAUUGACGGUGUCUCCGCUCGUGAUGCCGGUUGGUAA